UAAAUCCGGAUACGAGAAAGGACGUUACAAGAGUCGUCGGACUGUGUAGGCGCCAUCUUGGGUGCCAAAAACUGUUGCAUAAACUUGGCUCGAGGCAAUUUGGCUUAAACGCAGCGGAACGCGGCCCGAGCGAGGGGGCGCGUAUCUCGGUACGGAUCGCGGCCCGGUGCGCUUCCUGUCUAUCCGGCUGCUCGCGGGGGACGCUCAAGCCGCCCGCUGUCGCUCGCUGGCCGGCCAAAGUACAGCGCGGAAAGCCGGCGUCUCCUGCCCGGCGGGUGGGAGCGAGUGCGCGGACCAGGGGGCCAGAACGUGCGGCCUGAGCGGGCCGCCGACGACGGCAUGCCGGCGGUGUCGAAAGGGGACGGAAUGCGCGGCCUGGCCGUGUUCAUCUCCGACAUCAGGAACUGUAAAAGUAAAGAGGCGGAGAUAAAGAGGAUCAACAAGGAACUGGCCAACAUCCGAUCAAAAUUUAAAGGCGACAAGGCUCUCGAUGGCUACAGCAAGAAAAAGUACGUGUGCAAGCUGCUCUUCAUCUUCCUUCUUGGCCACGAUAUCGACUUUGGACACAUGGAGGCCGUCAACCUGCUCAGCUCCAACAAGUACACCGAGAAACAAAUUGGUUACCUGUUCAUCUCGGUGCUGGUCAACUCCAACAGCGACCUGAUCCGCCUCAUCAACAACGCCAUCAAGAACGACCUGAGCAGCCGCAACCCCACCUUCAUGAACCUGGCGCUCCACUGCAUCGCCAACGUGGGCAGCCGCGAGAUGGCCGAGGCCUUCGCCACCGACAUCCCCCGCAUCCUGGUGGCCGGGGACACCAUGGACAGCGUCAAGCAGAGCGCGGCGCUUUGCCUGCUGCGCCUGAACAAGACGUCGCCCGACCUGGUGUCCAUGGGCGAGUGGACGUCCAGGGUGGUCCACCUGCUCAACGACCAGCACCUGGGCGUCGUGACAGCGGCCACCAGCCUCAUCAGCAGAUUGGCCCAAAAAAGUCCGGACGAGUUCAAAACGUCCGUGUCGCUGGCGGUGGCCCGACUCAGCAGGAUUGUGACGUCGGCGUCAAUCGACCUCCAGGACUACACGUACUACUUUGUGGCGGCGCCGUGGCUCUCCGUUAAACUGCUGAGGCUGCUGCAGUGCUACCCUCCGCCUGAGGACGCGGCGCUGCGAAGUCGCUUGACGGAAUGUCUGGAGACCAUCUUGAACAAAGCCCAGGAGCCUCCCAAGUCCAAGAAGGUUCAGCACUCCAACGCCAAGAACGCCGUUCUCUUUGAAGCCAUUUCGCUCAUCAUCCACCACGACAGUGAGCCCACCUUGCUGGUGCGAGCGUGCAACCAGCUCGGUCAGUUCCUGCAGCACCGGGAGACCAACCUGCGCUACUUGGCCUUGGAGAGCAUGUGCACCCUGGCCAGCUCCGAGUUCUCCCACGAGGCCGUCAAGACGCACAUCGACACCGUCAUUAACGCCCUCAAGACGGAGCGAGACGUGAGCGUUCGCCAGCGCGCCGUGGACCUUCUCUACGCCAUGUGUGACCGCAGCAACGCCAAGCAGAUCGUGGCAGAGAUGCUGAGCUACCUGGAGAACGCCGACUACUCCAUCCGAGAGGAGAUCGUGCUGAAGGUGGCCAUCCUGGCCGAGAAGUACGCGGUGGACUACACCUGGUACGUGGACACCAUCCUCAACCUCAUCCGCAUCGCCGGGGACCACGUGAGCGAGGAGGUGUGGUAUCGCGUCAUCCAGAUCGUCAUCAACAGAGACGACGUGCAGGGCUACGCCGCCAAGACCGUCUUUGAGGCUCUGCAGGCGCCCGCCUGCCACGAGAACCUGGUCAAAGUGGGAGGCUACAUCCUGGGGGAGUUUGGCAACCUGAUUGCUGGAGAUCCGCGUUCCAGCCCGCUGGUCCAGUUCAACCUGCUGCACUCCAAGUUCCACCUGUGCUCGGUGCCUACGCGGGCGCUGCUGCUGUCCGCCUACAUCAAGUUCAUCAACCUGUUCCCGGAGGUGAAGGGCACCAUCCAGGAGGUUCUGCGCUCGGACAGCCAGCUCCGUAACGCCGACGUGGAGCUGCAGCAGAGGGCCGUGGAGUACCUGAGGCUCAGCUGCAUCGCCACCACGGACAUUCUGGCCACCGUCUUGGAAGAAAUGCCUCCUUUUCCCGAGAGGGAGUCUUCCAUCCUGGCUAAGUUGAAGAAGAAGAAGGGACCCGGCAACCUGCCCGGCAUCGACGACACGCGGCGCAACGUGAACGGCGCUCCGGAACCCAACGGCGGCGAGAAGAGCGACGCCGCUGCCACGUCCUCUCCUUCACUGAUGAUGGCGCCUCUCGCCAACAGGCCCCGUCCCGCCCACUCUGUUCCCAUCCGUCUCUCUGCUGGCGCGAUGAACUCGGCGCCUCCCCUCAACGACCUGCUCAACCUGAACUCGCCCGCCGCCGCCGCCGCCACCGCCGCCAACUCCGGUCUGCUGGUGGACGUCUUCUCGGACGCCACGCCGGAGCCCGCCUCUGCCUUCGCCUCCCCGCCUGCGCCCGACGUCUCUGACGAGAGUUUCAGCAGGUUUGUGUGUAAGAACAACGGUGUCCUCUACGAGAAUCAACUUUUGCAGAUUGGCCUGAAGUCCGAGUACCGGCAGAACCUGGGUCGCAUGUACGUGUUCUUUGGCAACAAGACGUCCAGCCAGUUUGUCGGCUUCUCCUCGUCUGUGGCCAGUGACGACACACUCAAAGCUCAUGUGAACGUCCACGCCAAAGCGGUGGAUCCCGUGAUCGAGGGCGGCGCUCAGGUUCAGCAAGUCCUCAACAUCGAAUGCGUGUCGGAGUUCAGCGACACGCCUCUGCUCAACAUCCAGUUCAGGUACGGCGGCGCACCGCAGACCCUCUCCAUCAAGCUCCCCGUGAUGCUCAACAAGUUCUUCCAACCGACGCCGAUGACGUCGCAAGACUUCUUCCAGCGCUGGAAGCAGCUCGGCCUUCCUCAGCAGGAAGUCCAGAAGAUCUUCAAGUCCAAACACCCGAUGGACACUGAAGUGACCAAGGCCAAGAUUUCAGGCUUUGGCGUGGCCCUGCUGGAGGGCGUGGAUCCCAACGACGCAAACUUUGUCGGCGCCGGCGUGAUUCACACCAAAACCUCUCAGGUGGGAUGUCUUCUCAGGCUGGAGCCCAACACGCAAGCGCAGAUGUACCGUUUGACUCUGCGGACCAGCCGUGACAGCGUGUCUCAAAGACUUUGCGAUCUGCUCUCAGAUCAAUUCUAGAAUCCUUCUUUAUACAGUGUCAAGUUUUUUUUCUAAAUGAUUUUUGGCACAUCCAGUGAGCACCACUGUAAAGUAUUCAAACCCCUCCACAUUUUCUACAUUUUGCUGUACUACAGACUUAUCCUCCAUAAGUAUUCACACCCCUUGCCGAUUUCCACUGACCGUCCUUGAGAUGCUUCUACGAGUCCAUCAGUUGGUUGAACGUCCUUUGGAUUGGCACGCGGCUGUCUUCCGUUUUUAAGUUCUCACAGUUGGCAGAGCAGAAACCAAGCGAUGAAGUCUAAGGAACUGUCUGCAGACCUCUGAGACGGGAUUGUGCCAAGGCAGGAAUUUCAGCAGGCUGAAGAGCACCGUGGUCUCCGUUAUUCGGAAAUGGAAGAAGUUUGGAACCGCCUUCCCAUAUCUGGCCGUCCGACCGAGCCGAGUAACCGGGGAAGAAAGGCCUCGGACAGAGAGGUGAAUAAGAACCCUACGGUCACUUGGGCGCAGAUCCAGUAUUUCCUUGCGUGGAUAGCAGAACCAUCCAGAAGGGCAGCCGUUGCUAACGCAAACCACCAAUCAGGACUUUAUAGAAGGAAGAAGAAGGAAGUCGGCUAAAUAGAAGGCACCUUAAGGAUCCUCAGACCUGCAGGAACAAAAUUCUGUGGUCUGAUCAGACCGAAAUAGAGCAAAGGCUAAUAGCAUCAGGAGAGGAAGAGGCACUGAGCAUCGUUUUUAUACUGGAGGAACUGGACGACUCAUCCGCAUAACUGCCAAAUCGAGAGAAAUUCUUCAAGAGAACAGAGUCCUGUGGAACUCAGACCAGCGCCUUGAUCCACCUUCCACACAGCUUAGAUGACAACGGCUUCAGGAGGAGGACAGAUCUUGGUCUUAAAUCCAGUCGGCAAACCUCUGGAAGGACCUAAAAAUGGCUGUCCGCCGACGCUGCCCGUCUAACCUGACGGACCUUGAGAGGGUCUGCAGAGAAGAAUGGGAGAAAAUACCCCAAAACGGGUGCGCCAAGUUCGGAGAGACACCCGAGAAGAUGGGAGGGAGGCUGUGAUUGCUGCCAAAGGUGCGUCAACAAAAUAUUCAGCUAAGGGUGUGAACACUUAUGGAACUCUGAUGAUGUUCAAAAGACAAAUGAGUAAUUAUUACAAAUUGCUCACAUUUUCAAAACAUUUUUACGACCGUCUGAAAUGCUCUAAAAACAAACGAGACGCCUAUCUCCUUUGCAAUAACUGGAGAAGGAAAAUGUGGAAAAAGUGAAGGGGUGUGUACACUUUCGAGUGGCAGUUGUAGCUUCACUGCCAUUGACUUGCCAUCACUGGGCUGAGCACACGAUUAAAGAGAUUUUUCUUUUUGUUUUGAAUAAGGAUCUUGACACCUUGUCCCCAUUUUGCACGCGAGUUUGAUGUUACCAUGGUGACGGUGCUUUAACAUCGUCUGCUUUGUAGCCACGUUGUUGUUGUUUGCGGCCUUUUUAAGCGACACCCUUCGUACUGGAGCUUCCCGACGGUGCCUUUCCCGUGAAACACAAGCACACUGCCUCACUCCUUCUACCUGAAUGCAUUUCACAUGCUAGACACUCGAGUUUUCUAUUUUCUAACACUCCUCACUGCCUUAAGAGUGCUUUUGUCUCAAAAUAAAGCGUUCUCCUCUUAAAGGGCCACGUGUCCUUUUUACGAGGGGUUAAACGAUAGCAAA